AUGACUGAAACUUCAAUUUGUUCGAGUUCUGACUAUAAUCAGGAUGAAGAGGAGCGGAUUGUUCUACAUGUUUAUGAUGACGAAUCCAAAGAAUUCACAUCACUUACUACUUAUCAUGGAAUGAUCAGAAUCUAUACAUCAGAAACUUGGCCAUCAAGAAUAUUCUGGGGAGUGGUAGUCGUUACAUGUGUUACCUUAUUUAUGAUACAGGGAGGAGUAUUAUUAGAAUUUUACAAUUCACACCCUACAGCAACGAAAAUCGACGAGUAUGAACUGUUGCAAUCGUAUGCACCGAGUAUUUCAAUUUGUCCGUAUGGCUUCAAAACUAAUGAAGAAUUAUUUUUUCUAAUAACUGAAUACGACACAAAUAUUGAUGUGCCGUUCAAUAUCUGGCAAAAUUCGAGCAGAUCUCUUUUAGUACAAAACAGCUAUAAGUGCAAUGAUGUAAUUAACUCUAUCACUAUUGAAGACGAUCAAGUUCUUGAUUUCUGCUCCAAAUCAAGAUCUCAAAUCACUGAUUUUGGGUUAUGCUUCACUUUCGAGCAUUGGAAGGAUUAUGAGACCAGUUCGAUUACUGUGAAGUUGAAAAAUGAAUUUCAAAAAACAUACACGGCUCAUAUCCACGAGGAGUCUUUCGAAGUGUCCCGACUAACAACACGAGCAUGGUUAAAGCCAGGAAAGCAUGCAAAACUUUCAUUCAGCAUUGAAGAGAUUGUUUCAAUUAAAUUUUUAGUGAAACACACCAGUUGCGAUUGUCCGGUGCAGUGUUACUCACGUAACUUCAAAAUGCAACCAGUAUAUUUGUUAAAAAGUAACAAAAACGAAUCAACAAUCACAUUUCAUAUCAAUUCAAGACUUCUGAAAAGUCAUCAACAAUACAAACGAUUCAAGCAAAUUGACCUAAUGAGUUACAUCGGUGGUGUAAUGGGACUGUUUCUUGGAAUGAGUUGUAUCACACUCCUCGAAGUUUUCAUCUACUUAUUCAAAACCAUUUUUGGAACACUUAAUAAUAAUAGACACAAAGAAUUUGUGGAGCGGUUACUGUCGGAUGAUGAUGGGAGCGUUCAUGGAUCGCAUGAAGAAAUUAUCAUUACACAGAAAAUAGAUAAACCAAAAGUGACAUUUGAAACGCCUGUGGAAGUGCCAAGAACACCUGAGCCAGUCUCUCAAAUUUCCCAGGCACCACGAAGGUUUUCAUUAAUGCCGGCUAUGAACAAUCAACUAGGCGUUAAGGUCCAAUUUCAUCGGCCGAAUCACACUUUGAAAAGGAACUCUAUUUAUCUUGGAAACUGUGAUUUCUAA